AACAUCCUAAGUGCAUAUAUAAGAAGGCAAUCGAUUGAAUUGGGUUAGUUACAACUCGUCUGUUCUCCAGAUUUUAGAAAAACAAAAUCAGCAUGGUGCAGUUGGAAGGUACAUACCAGUUCGUCUCUGAGCAGGGUUACAAAGACUAUUUGAAGACUUUUGGUGUUUCCGAUGAAACGGUGGAAAAGAUGGCGGCUUCUACUGAACCAAUAGUCAUCUCUUCCGUCACUAGUGACAGUAUUACCAUUAAUUAUGGUACUGACGAUCAUGUUCUACCUUUGGGAAAACAUACUGAAAUUCUUUUGGCCGCAGGAAGACCAGUUAAGGUGACCCCCACUGUGAAUGGAGACACUAUAACCAUGAACAGCGUCUUCGGAACAAAGCCUGAAAUUACCGAGGAAAAAGUUUUAAAGGUUACAGACUCUGGAUUGACAUCUACUUUAACCAACUCCAGAGGAGGAAAAGCCGUACGUAACUACAAGAGAGCCUAAGUUUAAUUUGCAUAUUUUUUUUUAAAUAAAUUUUUUAAUGAAAAAUAUAUAA